AUGGCAACUGCAAUUAACCGCUUAGAGUCCCAAGUUUUCGAAAAAUUGCCAUCACAACCCGAGACGAAUCCGAAAAACGUGAGUGCUACGAUACUGAGGAGUGGCAAAGAAGUAGAGGGGCCUAAGACCACGAACCUAAAGAGUAAAAGUGAAGACGAAAUCGAGAAGGAGAUGGAAGAAGAAGGACGCAUUCGUGGAGACCUUGAGGUAACUCUUACUCCAUCAAUACUCAUUAAAUCUAAUUUACCUCCUUUUCCAUGCAGGUUGGAGAAGACGAAGAAGGCUGAGAAACAAAAGGAGAUCCUGGAUGUAUUUCGAAAAGUGGAGAUCAACAUCCCCUUGUUGGAUGCAAUUAAGCAAGUACCAAAGUACGCAAAAUUCCUUAAGAAUUUAUGCACUCAUAAGAGGAAGUUGAGAGGGGACGAACGAGUAGCGGUGGGAGAAAACGUAUCAGCCAUACUCCAAAGAAAACUUCCACCCAAGUGUGGGGAUCUAGGUAUGUUUACGAUCCCUUGCAAAAUAGGAGAUACACCGAUUAGAAAAGCAAUGUUAGAUUUAGGGGCGUCAAUCAACGUGAUGUCAAAAAUCAUUUAUGCUUCUCUAAAUCUUGGGCUAUUAAAAGAAACGGCCAUCACAAUGCAACUAACUGACCGCAUCAAUGCUUAUCCGGAGGGGCUGAUUGAGGAUGUUUUGGUUCAGGUAAAUGAGUUAGUUUUUCCAGCAGAUUUUUAUAUCCUAGAUAUGGGAGAUGAAAAGUCGUUAAAUCCGUCACCUAUUUUGUUAGGUAGACCGUUUCUUAGCACUGUUAGGACUAAAAUAGAUGUGAAUGAGGGUAUUUUAUCAAUGAAAUUUGAUGGUGCAAAAGUAAAUUUCAAUAUUUUUGAGAUGAUGAAAUAUCCAGAGAAAUCUAACUCAGUCUUUGCUUUGAGUGUUAUUGAGCCCAUUGUACAAGAAAUUUUUGAAAUGGAUGGUAAAGACGCAUUGGAAGUGGCCUUGACCAAGCCUCUUGAAUUGGGUGUAGCUCUUAAUGUGGAUAUGAGGGAUGAGUUGCACCAUGCAGUAGAAGCAUUACACUCACUUCCAACCAUGCCCCCAAGGUAUGAGCUUAUUUCUCUUUUUGUGCUAGAAAUUCAGACAAAGUUGCUUCUUUCAAUUGUGCAGGCACCGGAGUUAGAACUUAAGCCGCUCCCGAAACAUCCAAAGUAUGCAUUCUUGGGAGACCGAGAGACGCUUCCGGUGAUCAUUUCUGCACACCUAUCUCCAAGUUAA